AUGGCUGUGGUUUCGCUGCUGUUGUUCGGGGGCUUGUGGAGCGCCGUAGGAGCGUCCAAUCCGGCUGUGGUCACCUGCGGGUCUGUGGUAAAGCUACUCAAUACGCGCCACAACGUGCGACUGCACUCACACGACGUGCGCUACGGGUCAGGUAGUGGGCAGCAGUCAGUGACAGGUGUAACUUCUGUGGAUGACAGCAACAGUUACUGGAGGAUACGUGGGAAGACCUCCACAGUUUGUGAGAGGGGAACACCCAUCAAAUGUGGCCAGCCCAUUCGGCUGACACAUGUCAAUACUGGCCGAAACCUCCAUAGUCACCACUUCACCUCACCUCUUUCUGGAAACCAGGAAGUGAGUGCUUUUGGUGAAGAAGGUGAAGGUGAUUAUCUGGAUGACUGGACAGUGCUCUGUAACGGGCCCUACUGGGUGAGGGAUGAUGAGGUGCGGUUCAAGCAUUCUUCCACCGAGGUCCUGCUGUCUGUCACUGGAGAACAAUAUGGCCGGCCCAUCAGCGGGCAGAAAGAGGUGCAUGGCAUGGCUCAGUCAAGCCCGAACAACUACUGGAAAGCCAUGGAAGGCAUCUUCAUGAAACCCAGUGAGUUGUUGAAGGCAGAAGCCCACCACGCGGAGCUCUGA